AUGGCAACAUCCAUCAGCCAGCUGUCGGUAGGCCAAAGAGUGACGGCGAUCUUGCUACGCUUCGACGGUGGCAACGCCAGCCAGGAGGAGAAGGCGGCCACCAUCCGCUUCCUUGGCAGCACGAGCUUCUCCCAGGGCGAGUGGGUGGGUUUGGAGCUGGAGGAUGAAAGCGGGAAGAACGAUGGCGAAGUGAAGGGCCAGCGCUAUUUCACUUGCCCGCCGCAGCGCGGCUUGUUCAUGAGGCCAACGAUGGUAAGGCUGCCAGAGGAUGCGGCAUCAGGAAGAUUUCACGACGAAGAAGUCAGCUUACCAGUGGAGCUGGUGGAGGCUGAGGAGGGCAAUGACCUCGGGGCCAUUUCCGCGAAGGCCCAGCCUCAAUGCCUUCGCAAGGACAAAAAGCACCUGCCCAAAAAGCGACUGGUGAAGAGGCUGAAGGCAAAGAUCGUCGUGGAAGACUCGGCCGACAAAGAACCAAAGCAGCCGAAGAUCAUCGACCAGCUCGGGGGCGAGGUCGAAGCCCAGGGUGUGCGCCAGGAGGAGAUCGAUUUGGCUAAGAGGCGUCGGGCAUAUUGGCAAACGCUGAAUGCAGAGAAAGCCGUGGAAGACUCGGCCCGCAAAGAUCCGGAGCUGAUCGACCAGCUCGGGGGCGAGGCAGAGGUGAAGAAGCAUCAGGGCGCGUCGCGGCUUCUGCAGCAAAAAGUUGCUCAAAUGGUCAAAGAGGACGAGGAUCCUGCCAGCCAGCCGGCCAUCUACCAAGGCAUGGGCUUGGAGCACAUGUUGCAGUCCUCAGAGCGCUUCAAGAGCGACUUCGAUGAUGUCUGCCAUAAGUUUGCCAAGCACAUUCAGGACAUGGGCUAUGGCGUCUCUUUCAUGGCUGCCUCGAUCAAGUCCCUGGCCUCCGCGGCAAGCAAAGUCAACACCGAGUACCACGGCGAUUGCCGUCAGCUGAAGGACGUGGUGCGUGGCACGCUGGUCAUCAAAUCUGGCAAGGACGGCACUUCGCCCAGUGUUGCAGCCGGCUAUGAGAUCCUGCAAAUGCUGAUCGAGGACGAGGGCCGUUUCCUGCAGGCGGCAAACGGACGCUUCACCCGCUUUAGCGACCGCUAUCAGAAGCCUGUUGGAGCAGUGAAGUACCGCGACUGGCUGCUCCUGCUCAAGAUCGGCGACUUUGUCUGCGAACUCCAAGUCAACUUCGAGCAAGCGGUGCAGGUAAAGGAGCAGGAGCAGCACCAUCAAUACGAGCUGCAGCGCCUCGCCACCCGCAAAUUGCUAGAGUCAGCCAUGAGGAAUGACUAUGGGAUGGUCCAUCUUCUGUUGGCCUCCACCAACGGCCUCCACGGCGAAAGUCUGGUGAACGCUCGCGACUGCCACGGUUUCACCCCGCUCCACUACGCAGCCAGGCACGGGAACGCUCUGAUGUUGGAGCUGCUUCUCAAACAAGGUGCGAAUGUCCUCGCACUCGACCGGGAUGGGAAUCCCCCAUUGCACCACGCUGUGGCAAUGAUGCACCCUGAUGCAUGCCAGAAGCUUUUGACUUCCAUGCACGGGCUGCCGAAGGAACGGCUGCAGAAGGAGCCGUUGGCCAGCAAUCUUCAGCAGAUCUGGGGUGCCUCAUGCCAGUCGGGCAACGACGAUAUCCACCAGCUGUCGGAAAAGCUAGCGGAGGUUGCAAAAAGAGCGUACAGUACUCCAAGUAUGCACCUGAUGGCCAUCGCACGGAGUGGGGACGUUCCGGCCAUGAGGGCUUGCUACAAAACCAUGUCACUGAAAUACGUGUGUCAAGGUUGGAAUUUAUGCCUGGAUGACUACGUGGAGUGUGGGAAGCCGAACAUCCUUGACAACGCCAUCCUCAGCGGCUCGGCUGCCAUGGCCGUGAUGGUGGCCAAGCCGGACGACCACGGCGCACCGAAGGGCACCCCGCGUCAAGGAGAGUUGAAAAUGCACAAGGACCCCAAACAGGUAGAGAGGCUGGUGAGGCAUGGCAAAGUCGCCCGGUUCCGAGCCCUGCAUGCGGUGCGGCCGCCGAAGACCCGAAGGAUGGCAGAGCUUCUCGUGGUCGCCGCCGAACACGACCAGCUUGAGAUGGCACACGCAAUCUGGACGCAUGGUGGAGGCGACAUAGCGUCGGCCCUGACGGAUGAGGAGAAGGUGAAGCUGGUGGAGCUGGGACUGCAAGCGGCCGCUCUGGGCCACGAAGAAUUCGUGAGCCUGCUGAUCGAGGCUGAAGCGCCAUUGGAUAAAGACAUCAAUGGCAGACGCAUGAUCACACAAGCAGCCGGCGCUGGCCAAACCGCCGUUGUGGAGCUUCUGGCAGAUGCAGGCGCCGAUUUUCGGAAUCGGGUCCUGUGCGAAGCUGUUCCUGCAGGUCACCAUGACACUGCAGAAUUCCUCUUGAAGCGAGGCGCAGAUCCGAGGGAGAGAUGGGGAACCGGGCAGGGCGCCAAGUCCGUGAUCGGCCAGGCGAUCAUCUUAAAUCGACCCGAGAUGCUCCAGCUGCUCGCGCAGUAUGGGGCCAACUCCUACACCGACGAGAACUUGGAGUACUCGGAGAGGAUGCACGCUCUUGACUGCCUGGAAUUCAUGCGCCGCUCCCGGGAGGCGGCAUGCCCUGCGUAG